AUGUAAUGCAAGUCCCCAAAUGAGGCUUCUGUAUGUAAUAGUCUUUGUUGCAACAACCUGAAUCAAUGCUCCAAAUAUCAAAGUGAGUGCUCCAUAUACUCAGAUGUACGUCAUCAAAUAAGUAGAAUCAUUGCAUCAAAUUGAAUUGCGACACUUGCUGUUUGAUCCAAGAAAACUACCACUCCUGUGGAACAUAUGUGCAAUGCAGCAAAUAUUUCGACUUAUUCUAUUUGUGGUGUUUGAUCAUCCUGGCAUUGUUGCUGGUGGUCCUGCUCAUCAUUAAAUUGCGCACUAAGUAGAGAUCACAAUAAUAAGGUUUAUGACAGCUCGCCUCAUACGAAUUCACAAAGCAUUUGCAAAGUUUAACAAAAAAACGACAAUAAUUUGAUCAGAAC